GCAGGGCGGGCAGGAGGCGGGCGGCGGGGCACAGGAUGCCUCCGCCGCCCGGCACAUGACCCAGGCCGCCCGGCGGGACCUGCAGAGCCGAGUCCGCGCGCAGGGUGCGUGUUCCCGCGCGGGCGCAUGGCCUCCCCGAGCCUCGGCACCUUCUGCUGCCCCACGCGGGACGCGGCCACGCACCUCGUGCUGGCCUUCCAGCCGCGGGCCUUCCACGCGCUCUGCCUGGGCCUCGGCCUCCUGCAGCUGCUGCCCCCGCGCCGCCCCGGGAGCCCCUCGCCCGCCCCGACGGCCCCCGCCCCGGCCCGCAUCCUGCGCGCUGUCGUCGCCUGCGACCUGCUCGGCUGCCUGGGUAUCAUAGUCCGCUCCACAGUGUGGCUGGGAUUACCAGAUUUUGUUGAAAACAUCUCGGACGUGAACGGAACAGACAUCUGGCCUGCCGCUUUCUGUGUGGGGAGCGCGAUGUGGAUCCAGCUGUUGUACAGUGCCUGCUUCUGGUGGCUGUUCUGCUAUGCCGUGGACGUCUACCUGGUGAUUCGGAGAUUGGCAGGACUGAGCACCCUCCUGCUCUACCACAUCAUGGUGGGAGGCGUGGCCACGCUGCUCUGCGUGGAGGGCAUCGCCAUGCUCUACUACCCUUCCCUGUCCAGAUGUGACAAGGGUGUGGAGCAUGCCCUCCCCCACUACGCUGCCACUUACCUGCCACUGCUGCUCAUCCUGGUGGCCAACCCCAUCCUCUUCCAAAAGACAGUGACCACAGUGGCUUCUUUACUAAAAGGAAGACAAGGCAUCUACACGGAGAACGAGAGACGGACGGGAGCUGUGAUCAAGAUCCGAUUUUUCAAAAUAAUGCUAGUUUUGUUUCUUUGCUGGUUGCCAAAUAUCAUCAAUGAAAGCCUUUUAUUCUAUCUUGAAAUGCAACCAGAUAUCAAUGGAGGCGCCUUGAGAUCUGUCAGAAGUGCAGCCAGGACCACGUGGUUUAUUAUGGUUGAACACAUCAGCCUAGAGAGUGUCGACAUGGACAGCCCCGUCAAAAUGAAGUUCAACCUCUCCGGCCUUGGGUCGAAGGAGCACAUCCUUGAACUCAAGCCUGCCAUUGAGCCCCUCAACAACCACAUCCGCUAUGUCAUCUCCCAAGGGAAUGAUGAUGGUGUCUUCCGCAUCCACCAGAGGAAUGGGCUCAGCUGUUUGCACACAGCCAAGAAAAAGCUCACACCCGGCACAUACACACUGGAAGUCACUAGCAUCCCUCUGUACAAGAAAAAGGAGCUUAAGAAACUGGGAGACAGCAAUGAGGACAACUACCUCCUAGGGGAGCUUGGUGAGUCUCUCAGAAUGAGGCUGCAGAUUCAACUCUAUUAACCCCUUACAGACUUGGUUCCAGGCUCGAAUCCCAGCACCACCAGCCUUCAGAAGGGUUUGAAAAGUCAAUGACUAACUUAAAGAGGGAAAAAGAAAGACUUUGUUUCUUUCCUCCCUGUCCCAGACUUCGGAAUGUUGACCCUCACAGGGAGGAGUAAUUUAAACUCUGGUGUGGCCAAAGAUUUGAGUACGAAUGCAACCAUGGUUACUGUAUUGUUAUAUAACUUCACUUUAGAAUAUAUAUAUAUAAAAAAAAAAACCCUAAAUGUUCAAGAGAUCAGCAUAUGGCACUAAAUGCACAAAAAUAAUGUGAGCUUUUUGUUUUUCCUGUUAGCAGUCUGUAACACUUUGGGUAUUUUGCUAUAGUUGCUAAUUAAAGAAAAUAUAGAUGUUUGUUUAUUUUUAAUGCAGUAAUAUAUGGAGAAAUGAACAAACUAUGUAAACAAAAAAGGGAAACUCACUUGUGUUUCUUUAGAUUUAUAAAUUUGAGCUAUUUCUUUUAGAGGUGCUUUUUAAAAACAUCAGUAGAUUCAAGAGAUGUUUCCUUUGGUUUUCUGCCAGUAGUUCAACUGGCAUACAUCUGAUUAUUUGAAAGAAAGCCGCACAGAACUGAAUGGGUAGUGUAAUCAACAAUUUAAAAGACACAGAUGUCAUUAGAUCCUCUCUAAAGGAGAUCAAAGCCAGAGCAGCUCAGUGUGACAAUAUUUCACAUCACCAGACACACCAGGCAACGGAAGAUGAGCACAACCACUGUAGCAAAAUACCUUGACUGCUAGUGAGACCUUGAACGUUGCAGGCCAGACUGUACUGUAUUUCCUUCUCGUAACCUCAAAGAACCACAUGUGCUACCCACAACACCUCAUUCUUACCCAGGGUGUGCGACGUACUUGUGGUACUUAGGCAGCUAAAGAAAUGUCGUUCCUUUGAAAAGGAACACCUGGCAUUCUGUAGUGUUUGGUGCUGUCUUAGAUUAAUGGUGCAUUUAUUAUGUUCAAACUAUUUCAGGAUUUCCAUAUGUGCAAACAAAUCAUGCAGCGCAGCCAAGGAAUAUAUGUUGUGGUUUUUUUUAAAAAAAAUCCCAUUUUUUUUUUAGAAUUUUCAUUAAUACUGUAGUUAUGCACCAUAUGCCUCAUUUUAUCAUAGCCUAUUGUGUAUGAAAGAUGUUUGUACAAUGAAUUGAUGUUUAGUUUGCUUUAGUCAUUUAAAAAGAUAUUGUACCAAUGCGUGCUAAUAAGAGUGCGUCUCCGUUCUCUUCUUAACCCAAGAUUCCUGUCCCUGGACCAGCGACCAAACCUCAUACAUGAAACGGCCAAAGUGCACCCAGAGUCCCGUUGGUUCUUCUCACACCCGCGCUGACCAAACAUUAGUAACCAGUUAUACCCAGUGUUU